AUGCAGAAGCAACGCCCCAAGGGCAGGGGCAAGGGUCGUGGCGCUCGAGACAAGACGGAGUACGACACGACGAGAACCCAAGGCCCGGACGAUCGCGACCCCAGGUCGAAGAACACCCAAUGGCCAUGCUUCGGCCAGCACGACAUGACAAACCGAUAUGGCCGCUGGAACGAGUGCAGCCAGUGUGCCUACCGCCUCAGCUACACCCCGGCCAAGGCGCUCGAACGACUUCGCGGAGAAGGCUGGGAGGCAAAGAGCAUGACGGCAAAGCACGUGAAGAACAUGAUAGCGAUAAUCUCGCAAGAGAAACUCUUGCUGUACGGCAAGCCGAAAGCCACCGCGAAGAGCGUGGCGCAGAGCACGGCGAAGGACGAGGACCGCCACGAGAAGCCGGAGAAGACCAAGAACGUGCGUUCCAGAAGGUGA